ACUCCUACUGUUGUUUUUCACUACGUGGCGUAUUAUUGCAGUUAAAAUAGGCGGGGCUUUUUAUGUUUUAUGGUUGCUGUUUAAUCAUUUGAUUUUGUUGUCUGCUAUUUAUUAGUACAAAAAGUAAAACAUCACGAAAACCGUUAAGUGCCAAGAUGUUUGCGAAAUUAAAGAAAAAAGUUGAAGAUCUUGAAGGAUCUGAUUUACAUAAAUUAGCAAAUUCUAUAAGUUUCUCAAAUAUCAGUGGAGCUCCUGAAAAAUCUCCUUCGUCUAAUUCAAUUAAGUCUCACGAUAACUUUGCUUCAACAUCCCAGUCUCAAAAGGGAUCAACUACGAGCUUAUCCUCAAUGGCAGGAACUUCGAAAAAUGAUGAAGCUGAUGCCAAUAUGGCAGCAGAAAAGAAAUGGAGGCAAAGAUUAGUUGAAAUAGAGAAUGAGUGGAGAGUGAAGGUUAUGGUGCAAGAACAUGAGAAGGAGCAGGUUGCUAAAGAUCGUGACAUGCUUGGACAGCAGAAAAGAAAAAUGGAAGAAGAAAUUAAGGAACUAAAAAGUUAUCAAGAUAAAUAUCUGAAAGCAGAGGAAAACCUUAAAUCGUUGCAGGAAUCAAAUAAACGAGAGUCAGCUUCCCUUCAGCUUUUGUUGUCAAAUGCAAGUGUUGAAGUUGAAGACAUGAAAACCAAAGAUGAUUUACUUCAAAAAGAACUGAAUAAAAAAGAUGAAAUGGUGAAAAUGCUUCAGGUUCAACUACGACUCAAUGAGGAAAUGCACCACAACACCCAAAGCUCAGAUUCAGAGGUAAACAGUCAAGAACCCAAUAUCGAUCGAAUAGAACGAGAAAAUCUCCUUCAGAAACAAACAGAAACGGAAGAAAGGUUGAAGGCACUUGAAGAAACUUUGGUUGCAAAAGAUGGCGAGCUUCAGCGGUUACAAAGGCAUUUCGAUCAAGGGAAAUCAACUCUUGAAACCAUGACGCAAAAUUGGCAGGAUGAAAAAACGCAUAAUUUAAGUUUGAAAGAUAAAAUAGCUCAGCUCUCGGAAGAAAAAGAUCAUUUCGUUGUGCGGAAUGCAGAACUAUCUCAGCAAGUGUCACUGAGUCAACAGCAAUUGCAGCGGACUGAGAAGGAAUUGCGAGAGCUUCAGGAUAAAUUUAGCGACACGGAAAGGGAGAACCAACAAAUUAAACUCCUUUUGUCAGACGCCGAAGCCCGGGACGAGAACUCUGAGAGAACGUGCAAAUUGCGAUCCCAAAUUGUCGAAUUGGAAGCCGCAUUUUCAGAGAAGAACAAAACGAUUAAAUUACAGCAACAGCGAUUGAGCGACAUGAAAAAGACUCUGCAGAAAGAACUGAAGAAUCAAAAUAAUGAUCCCGACAGUCUUUCGGUGCCGACAUCCGCGUCUUCCUCUACCGCUCCUAAAAGUCCCGUUCUACCCAAAGCCCCUCAACCUGCCAAGAAUGAAAUGGAUGAAGUAAACUUUAAAUAUUUAAAGCACGUCAUAUUCAAAUUUUUAACGAGUCGGGAAUACGAGGCUCAGCAUUUAACGCGGGCCGUUUCAACGUUGCUCAAGUUGACGCCAGAUGAAGAGAAACUGCUGAAAGAAACGCUGGAGUGGAAAAUGUCUUGGUUUCGAUCACGGCCGGACUUGGGAACCGGCCAAGGCGCUAUGUACAUUCCACCAACGCACUGAAGCAGAAGCACACCAUCUCAGAUUGCUUCUUGUUGUUUGAUUUUCUUUUUCCUCCAACUAUUUUAAGUUCGAGCCGCAGUUUAACAGCUGAUUUGCUCCAAAGAAUCUUAACAUUGUACAGAAUUCCUUUUCGACUUGAUGUCGUUCGAACGCUCUACACGUUGCCUCCUUUGGGCCUGUCUGGAUACUGCAGCUAUAGUGAAAUCAUGUAAUAAUGGCUUUUUUUUUUAUUUAAAAAAAAAUAAUAAUAAUAUUCCAUUUCAAUGUUUAAUCAUA